AAUGAAUUAAACAACAAAAGAGGUUAUACGCAAUACAUAUAAUGUUUCUAAAAUCUUUGUCGGCAACACUAAGUCAAUAUUUUUUCAAUUCGUUUACUUCACCAUAAAUUAUCAUUACUUGAAGAUAAACGUAUUUAUCUUUAUUCUUUACGUUUGUCAAAUUUUACAUCGAUCAAUAUCAUUAUUUCUUCGUAAAUAUAAAGUACAUUCUAAUUUAUCAUAUAAUUAAACCAGAUUUGAUAUAGAAUGUAUCAGUUUCUAUAUCUAUUGUUCUUUAUUAGCUUAAUAAAUAAUAGUAUAUCAUGGAAAAUAUUUAUGAGAGGUCGAAGUAAAUAUGGUAAUCUAGGUGCUCUAAUUUUAUCUGAAAAUUAUAAACUUCCAAACGAGCAAUGGUUUACACAGUUUUUAGAUCACUUUGAUCCAACUGAUGCACGUGUUUGGCAACAGAGAUAUUUUAUAAAUGGAGAAUAUUACAAAAAAGGAGGACCUGUAUUCUUAAUGAUAAGUGGUGAAGGUACAGCAACUGCUAAAUGGAUGGUAAAAGGCCAAUGGAUUGAAUAUGCUAAGCAAUUUGGAGCAUUAUGUUUUCAAGUAGAACAUCGUUUUUAUGGAAAAAGUCAUCCUACUUCAGAUCUUAGUGUGAAAAAUUUAAAAUAUCUUUCCUCACAACAAGCACUUGCAGAUUUAGCUUACUUUAUAGAAAUUAUGAAUAUUGAUUAUAAAUUACCAAAUAAUACUAAAUGGAUUGCAUUUGGAGGGUCAUAUGCUGGAUCAUUAGCUGCAUGGUUGCGUUCUAAAUAUCCUCAUUUAUUACAUGGAGCUGUUUCUGCAAGUGGCCCUUUAUUAGCAGAGAUUGACUUUCAGGAAUAUUAUAUUGUUGUUGAAAAUGCUCUCAAACAAUAUUCUGAAGCAUGUGUGAAUACAAUAGUAGAAGCAAAUAAACAAUUUCACAUAAUGUUACGUCAUCCAAUCGGUCAACAAGGAAUAGCUAAAAAAUUUGUUUUAUGUGAUCCUAUUGAUUCUGGAUACACUAAACGUAGUGAUAUUUCUAAUUUGUAUGAAACAAUAGCGAGUAAUUUUGCUGGUAUUGUACAAUAUAAUAAAGAUAAUCGUAAUAAUUCUGCAAUGGCUAAUUUGACUAUCGAAAGCGCUUGUGAUAUUUUAAUGAAUGAUAGUUUGGGUAUUGCCAUAGAUAGACUUGCAAUUUUAAGCACUAAAAUAUUGAAUGCAUCAAAAGAAAAAUGUUUGGAUUAUAUAUAUAGUAAAAUGAUUCAUAAACUUCGAAAUGUAACUUGGGCUUCUGAAGAAGCAGAAGGAGGACGACAAUGGAUGUAUCAAACGUGUACAGAGUUUGGAUUCUUUCAAACUUCCACAGCACGUCCAAAAUUAUUUAGUGAAACAUUCCCAAUAGAUUUCUUUGUGCAACAAUGUAUUGAUGUGUUUGGCCCAAGAUACAAUAUUCAUUUACUGAACUCGGCAAUAAAUAGAACAAAUAUUUUAUAUGGAGCAUUAAAUUUAAAAGUUACAAAUGUAGUAUUUGUACAUGGAUCAAUUGAUCCUUGGCAUGUUUUGGGACUUACGAAAUCAUCGAAUCCACAAAUGCCUGUUAUUUAUAUCAAUGGUACUGCUCACUGUGCUAACAUGUAUCCAUCUUCCAAAGAUGAUCCACCUCAAUUAAAAACUGCCAGAAUAAAAAUCGAAAAUCUCAUCAGUCAAUGGUUGCAUAAUUAAAUGUGAUAUAUUUUUUUGUUUUAUGUGAUACACAUAUUUAUAUAAUAAUAACAAUUAGAUUUCCUAUUAUUUUUUUUUAAUGAAACAAUAAUGAUUACAAGAAUUAAGUUUAUUUAAGUAACUUUUUAAACAAUUUGUAUUCGUCCUUUAUAAACUUCUGUAAAGCAAUCAUACUAUAUAAAUAUUUUUAAUUCAAUAAAUGGUGCAUUUAUUAAAACUAAAAGUAAUUAUUUACGUAUAUAACAAAUUAUUCGUGAUAUAAUGUUUACUAUUUUGUAUGUCCUUUAUAUUAAACCACAAGAAUGUAUGUAUAGUUACAAUUAAACAAAUUUGCCCAUAAUGGCACUAUUACAAUUUCUUGUGAUUAUCGAUAUAUUAAAUAAAUACAUGUACAACUUAUUAUGAAUAUAUCUUAUAUCAGUCAAAUAAAUACAUAUUAUUUAUUAA